UCCUGGUGAGGCCAGGGUCUUGGCAAUAUGGCGGCGCACGGCACCUGUUCGUUCUCCCCAUCCAACUUGUCUCCCACCUCGGUGUCGCCACCAGGACCGCCGCCCACGCCACCCCCCACCUCGACCGCGAUCUCAAAAUCACCCCUGGAGUCGAAGGCGAGCUCGCUGAGCCCAGUGCCUCACUCGACCUGCCAUGAGGAUUCGUUGCCCCUUGCCGUGUUUUAUGGGCCACUGGAUGCUAAAAACCCACUCCUGGUCUCCUGUGAGAAGGAGAUCCAGGAGUUGCUAGGCUUUAUGAAGAGAAAGAAGGCUUUAGCUACAACGGAGGAACAGAAGCACGAAUUCCACCGGCGUUGUGCCACCUCUCUGUUUAAUAUCUGGACCAAAUACGCCCCCCGGCUGCCAGCUGCCUAUUACAACGAGAAGCUUCUGAAAGUUGGAGAUAGCCUUUGUGAAAUGAAAGAAUAUAAGUUGGCCCUUUUACAGUGCUAUGGGAGGUACCUUCAGCAGUUCACCGUCAACUUUGAUGAGCAUAAAGCAGACGUGAACGAAUUCAAAGCUGUAUUUUUUCCAAAAGGCCUUGGAGACAAAACCGCUGCACAAACAUUUCAUGCUUUAAAUGGCAAAAAUAUUUGCAGCUACCAGCUAGUCUGUGACAGUGACACAAACCUGCAGAAUAGAGAAUCUGUGAUCCAUUGUCUGCACAUCUUGUCCUCCUUGAGACUCAUCAUGCAGGCGGCUUUGCCACAGGAGCACCUUUGCUGGAUUAUCUUCAAUGGUACCAUUUACAUUUACACCAUUUGCAGAAAGCUGAUGAUCAUAGGUCACUCUUCCAAGGCCUUGGAAUAUCUCCUGUGGGCAAGUAUGUGUAUGGAGUCCUCGGUGCCACUCCUGGCCGUCAGGUACCUGACGUGGAGAGCCAGCCUCUACACCGCCGUCUGCCAGUGCUACUAUGACUGCCACGCGGGUGUCCACGGAGAGGCAUUUGCUCGGCGUGCUUUAGCUAAAAUUGAUGAGUUAAGGCAACUGGAAUUAAUGAGUUCCUCACCAUCGCAGGAGGAGUCCAGAAGAUGUUACAGAGAGGCCGCGAUAAAGAUGGCAGUCAUGAUCUUCAAAAGAGGAGUGUUUGAAUCUCGAAGAAAAAACAAAAGUCUCUUUAGACCAAAGAUAAGAGUUAACCUAAGGGAAGCACAGACCCUGCAGUGGCCCCGUACUGUCACAGAACGGCUGUUGGAUGAGAUGUUUGAUAGCACUGCGUCCCGAUUUCUGGCCGUCUUGGAAGCUCUUUCUGAUUCAAAUCGGCGAACCCUGCAAACUGGGCCCGUUGUUACAGAAGAAGUAGAAGUUCGUGAUGUUGUCUCAGAACUGUUUAUAGCAGGACGAGAACUACUCAUCACAUCAAACACUGGUGCAGAAGGGACGCUUGAUUUUCCAAAAUCAUCUCUUCUGCCACUUAUUAUACAAAGAAAAAAUGUUAUUUCUGUGGAUGCUGCUGUGAAGUUUAUAAAAUUAGCUUUUACUUACGAGGAAUGGAGUUUAUUUGAAUCUUCAGCUGGGCAGCUUAUUGAUUUUCUCCAGAGGCAGGAUGAUCCAGAGUCAAAGAAAGCAGAGAAGGAGUUACUUCUUCUGAUUGCAAUAGAACCUUUAAUCAAUGUAAAGAGAAACAAAGGUUUGAUCUUUCCUCUUGAAAACUUCAAAGAAGGUCAAGUUUACUGUAAAAAAAUUGCUUUUCAUGAUACCUGCGGGAAGGCUUGUGGACAUUCAGAAGAUGUUUUCCUUUUGGCGACAACCUUAUAUUCCUGCGUCUGUGACUCUCCACAGGAUGCUCAGCCUGAUAAGGAAAUUGUGGUGGACACGAUAAUGUUCCUGUGGCAGAAAUGCAAAUUAGGCCUCCAGCGGCUCAAUGUGGCCAGGAAUGACUCUGCGAAGCUCACCCAGAAAAUCAGUACUAAUAAAUGGGUUUACCUUCUCUGGCAGAUAAAUGAAGUAAUUCAGUGCUAUAACAUGGAAAACAUUGACGUGGUGGUGGUGGCAGAGGUCACAUUACGAUUAAGUGAAAUACUGGAGUCGUUAGGAAACCCAAGAAGAAAACUUAAAAAGUCUCUAGAUACACCUUUAAAAGACGGGACUAAUGAAUUGCUUGGGACUCAGAAAGGGAGCAUGGAAACUCUUCCAAUAUUAAAGAAAAAACCUGAGGAACAGUUACUUUUGGCCUAUGAACUUCUUGAUAAAGCAAUUGAUGGAGUAAAUUUGAACUGCAUGUUAACUGCUUUGCCAAAUGGAUCAUCAGUGGUUGACCAUUGCUAUGCCAUGCACACCAACUAUGUAGACGGAGACCUGUGCAAACCAGUCACACCAAAUAGUUUCAUGAUGGAUUUGCAUCUUGAGCUAAUUCAAGCCCAGCACCGAAUAGCCGUUCUGCUUCUUGACCAAUUGCAAGUUUUGCAGACCCCAACUGUUAGAAAAAAUGUAUCUACCACAGGCCCGGAGAAGCUAAAAAACUCUGGAAGCCCUGAUUGUUUUACAGAAUUAAGUGUAAUGAAUAAAAUAAGGAAGAAUAAGCUAUCCAAAGCAAUUUACUUGAUGCAGAAAGCUCUUCUGAUGUUUGAGAAAGAUGCGACCUGUUCAUCUGUCCAUAACUUCUUGAUGGAAGCUUAUUCUUUAAUUGAGAAGACUGAAGCAGAACAAAGAAUACUCUAUUCAUAUCAGAGAUAUUUGGAAAUUACCAAAAGAAGGAAAAGCAGAGUCCCUCCUCCACCCAUUCUGCUGGCCCGAACUCAUUGUUCUGUGACGUUAAAACCGGCUCCUUUUAUUUCGGAUGUUAAGGUCUCCUGGUACUGCAUUUUGGGAUGCAAAGCAAAAGGGAGCUAUGGAAAAGUGAGACUAAAUAAUAACCAUCUCCCAAACUCAGGGGAAGCGAUACCAGCUGAUGGCAAAAGCAUCUUUGAAGUAAAAGGUUUAGAGACCAAUGAAAAAUACAUCUUUGCAGUUGCUGCUUAUUGUUCUAAUGGGAAGCUCAUUGGUGAUGCUGUUGGGGAGACAACUAAACCAAUUCUGGUUUACCCACCUCUUUCUGCUGUUACUACUCGGAUGUUACUGACACAGGUCGCCUAUCAGAUUGGGAACUACCAGUUGGCUAAGAAAGUCUUCUCACCAGUCUGGGAUUAUUUUGUUGUUUCGCCACCUCAGGAUGACCAAUCCAUUGUUUGUUUAAGCAAUAUAAUGACUAUUACACAGAGAAGAUUACAUUCAGAUAUCUUGGCAGAGACGUCUUCCAUUCUCUUAAAUCUUUUUCUUAGAAAUAUUUUUGUAACAAGUGACAUUAAAAUUAAAGAGGAACAUCUUUUCUGUGAUAAUAUUAAAGGCAAUGAGAUUUUCCCCUCUCAACAAAUUGCUAGACUAACUGAAUGUGAGAGAGUGUUAGUGGCAUUGGAACUUAGCAACUACCUAAAUGAUUCCACUUAUGCCCUUCAAGCAGUGACUCAAUGCUAUGGCCUCCUGGCUCCUAUAAUCUAUCACAAUAUUGUUUUGGUACCUGUUGUACAGAUCUUGAUAAAAUGUAUAGUGGUUUUGCAAGGACUACCAAAUAUCAUCCACUCAAAGAAACACAUUGCGAGCUUUGAAAGUGUGCAGCACAUGAUAGCUUGUUGUAUCUUCUAUAUAACAAAGAUUCUGCGUUCGUGGAAGGAGUAUGACCUGGCAGUAGCAAUUAUAAAUUAUGGAAAAAAGAUGUUGGACAUCACAUCUGGAUGCAAAUCUCUGUUUGGUGCUGCUGAACACGAAGAGGUGCAAGACGAGGGUUCUUUGAAGAAGUCUUCCAAGACUAAGAAGCCACAGCAAAUAUUACUACCUGAAAAAAUAAAUGAACAGCUGGUCUUACUGGAGACACACCUACUCAAACUGACAAAGCAAUAUGUUACGACUGAACUCUCAGGAGCAGAGGAUCCUAUAUUUCUUUACCCUAUAGUUUUAAAUUGGUCGGUCAAAAGUGCUGUGAAAGAAGUUAUGAAAUUUAAGCAGAGACCUCGAUUCCUGGAAUUCUUUACACAAGUUAUGCUCAAAUGUAUGAAUGAUGAAAAAUUUCAAAUUAUGGUGGAGAUAACAAAUCCUGUCCACGACUUCUUGAAAAGGAGGAAUGAAUCCCUACUUGGAAUUAAAAAAAUGAAAUGUAAGGAAGGUACUUGGAGUAAAAAGGCCGCCAAACCUUUGCAGAAGUUCAGCGCUGCAGUCCUGGAGAUUGGAAGAGUAAACAGAUACGAUGCCAAGAAAAAGAAAUAAAGAAAGGAAACUCUAAGAGAAUUUUUGAAUAAAAAUCCUUGUGUUUCUGAAAUGGGAGAGCAAGAAAGAAAUAAGAGAACUGAUGUUCGAAAAGUAGCAUAUCGAUUCCUGAUGGAUAACUUGAAUCCUUUAAUAUUAAAUUAUGUGAAAAGGAAGAGGUUCCAUCAAAUAUGUCUUGAGGAGAUGCCCUGGAAAGCUCAGAUGAACCUUUAUCUGGCAAAUGCACACUUCAACCUGCUUUUAACGAAGCUAGGGGAGCGUAUGAAGUUGAAAUAUGGCACCUCACCUGUGAUGGUCAGUUUCCGAUCAUGUGAUCCUAGUAUGUUCUCACUGUAUAAUUCAGGAACAGUAUUACCAACAGGAAAACUGACUCUAGAAAACUAUAAAGUGAUGCUUGAUUUCCUUCUUACAGCUAAAAAAAGAAAGGCCCACUUACCGUCAGAUGCUGAAGAAUUCUCGGCAUUUCUUAAUUCCAAAACGAGUGAUGACGAUGUUUCCAAAACACAAACGGGUUAUGAAUCAGACUCUCAGUCAGGACUCAGUGGGAAAGAAAAGGAUCAAUCCACCCAUGUGGGUCUAUUGGAUCAUGUUAUGAAGAUCUUUCUCUAUUGCAGGAGAGCAAUGGUUCUGGCUCAUCGUGGGGGCUAUUGGACUCUGCUUCAAAACUGCUGUAGGGCCCUUUGGAAUUUUACCCAGGAGCUACAGAUACUUCAUAAACAAGCGGUGGAUCUGUAUAAAACAUUUCCCGUUAGCCAGGAUGGCUUUCUCUGUAUCUCUGUUUUACCAUUCUAUUUGGGAGCAGAAUUACUUAUUGACAUGUUAAUAGAACUACAAAAUAUCAAUUCUAUUAAGACUAUUGAAGACAAAGGAGAGUUCAGUGUUCCAAGUUGCUAUGGAAAUAUUAAAAAUGACAGCGGUGGUUCUAGCCUUACUUUUGAGGAUCCUUUGGAUGAUGUAAAUGUAGUUGAUUUGAAAUGGAUCCACGACUUCGUAUUAAAAUCUCUGGAACUUUUAUACCAAGUGGAAAAAUGGGAAACGCUAGUAUCACUUGCCAUUCAGUUCAAUACAAUUUCACAUGAGAGAUAUACAGAGCAAGUGACACCACUCCUGGUGUAUGCACAGCGCCAGCUACUUCUACGAAUAUCCAAGUUCAAGGACCCAGAUAUUACCCAACAGCCUUGUGUGAGAUAUGAGGCUGAGCAUGAACAAAAGAUUACCUGUCGAAAUUUCAUUGGGAAACAACUCAAGAUUAAUCCUCCAACCAGUGAAGUGACAGCAGCUGGAAACCACACAGAUUUCCUUAAAAAGCUCAUCUCUUCAGAAUACAGCAAAGCCAAAGGGCUCCUCUGUGUGCCCGUGGACGUGACAGACACUUUGAGAUGUUUUAGAGAGACCUUGGAAAAAUCCAAAUAUCAUAACAGAUCAAUCCGACACAGCAGAAAGUUGCUUUCCUUAUUUCUUGCACAGACACAAGAUGUUCUUCAAACCAGCAAUCAAAGGAGUCUUAACGUUCAGGCGUUGCAUGCUGGAAAUCUUCUCGUCUUCGCACAAAAGAAAAGGGAUGCUUUUAAAUGCUGGCGUCAAGCUCUUGACAGCAUAUUCAGGAAAGAAGACGUGCUCCGUACGUGGAAGGAGUUUGGCGCCUCCCUCACCCAUGCCACCCACAGCUCUUCACCUCCGGUUUCCAAAGACUACAGUGAGGAGUUUCUGGCGAAAGUUGGCAUUUGGGGAUGUUUGCAAGGAGCGGUGAUAUCUGCAAAGAUUGCACAAUUUAUUAUGACAGUGGAUGUUGAAAAGAGAAUCAACUGUUGCCUCUUGUCUGCAUUACUCUUUCAGGGUUUGCUCAGAACCACCCUUCCUCAUCCCAAAGCUGAACGUUGCUAUGCUCAGUAUGAAAUCCUUCAGCUACUCCCCGGCCUUGAGCUCUUCUCUGACAGAUACCGGGCUGACAUCUGCUCAGUGGUCGCAAGUCUGUAUUACGUUAUACGUGAACUGCACUUUGCUGAGCAGAAUCUCAUAAUUCUACCUCUCCUCGCAUUGUACCAAUAUUUUGUUUCUGGAGUUUGCCAAGACCUAGUCAGAAACCUAGAAGCAAGAAUUCUCAAGAUAGAAGUUCUUAUAGACUUAAGAUUCUUUUCCGAAGCCUUUCACGAGAUAUCUCAGAUUUUUUAUGGGAAAAACAUGCCUUCCUCAGUAACUGCUGGCUGUAAAGCUAUUGGAAAAAUGAAGAUAUUUCAAUCCUUUGACUCUGGGAAACCCCUUACUAGUAAAGAAAAUAUACAGGCAAUCGAUGAACUAAUAAACAAAGGCUUGCCUCUCAUGCUGGUUACAAUCGGUCAGCAACAUCUCUUAAAUAAGUUUUCUUUCGUUAAAGCGUACUUUUUCAUAAAAGUGGCUGCAACAAUAAAUUGUGUCCCAGAACGUAGGAUGAAAACAGUCUGCCAUGGACUCACUAAUGAGAAAAGCAGAGGAAACCUCUCAAGCCUGAAAGAUCUGCAUUUAAAGGAUGAAGGAGGCUCACUUACUCCGCUUGCGAAGAUGAAGGAGGACGUCACUCUUAGCGCACUAAAGUCACUUUUACUGACAGAAGCUGAAGACAGGCUCAACAUCCUUGCGUCAGAGAUGGAGCACCCAGACGACAAGGACCUCGCUCAGUGUUCAGCGGGCGACUUGGAGAUGAUGGUGAAGGUCAGGCUGCAGCUGGCUGCCAUCGCCCUGCAGAGACACCAGCGGCAUACAGGCAAUGCCGCGAUCCUAUUCUCCACACUUAAACUUCUCCAGGAUUCAAAACUUUUUAAAAAGAAGGUAGUAGAAGAUGACACAGGAGGUUAUGCCGCUGAACAUGAAGAUGAUAAUGAGUUUUUAGAUCCCACUUCCCUAAAUUCUCGAGAAUAUUUCAACAUUCACCUAUGGUUGAGGUGCCGCUUAGCAUUGGUGACUGCGUUCGUUGCACAGAUUCGUGGCAUUGGAAUCGUGAAAGAAGAUGAUGUAACAGAUUACAUGAGCCUCAUCAAUGCCAUGUGUGUGGAGGCAAAAAGUGCAGGCGACAGGGAGCUACAGGCUGAAUUGCUGAUGCAAGCUGUGAUCAUUGGCCUACAAGAAAAGCAUUUAAAAGCAGACAUCAGAAAAAACCUUCAGGACAUAAUACAGUUGCUUGAAGGACAUGAGUUUAUUUCUCCUCGAUCUCACUUAACCCUGGUGAGAAGCAUGCUUUUGCUGGAUGACUUAACAAAAGCUGAGAAAUUCAAGGAAACUCCCUCUUCAAAAACAGAAAAAUUGUGUUUGUUGACUCAGUCUCACAACAUUCUUAUUGAACAGAUGCUGACUUUUGGAGAAACCAUUGAAUUUCCUUUAUCAAACAUGGACUAUGCAAGUCCAUUACUGCCUUUGAAAAAUAUCUAUCUUCCUCAUGUCAUGUUACUGGCCAAAACAAAAAUGAGAAUUGGGCAUACAGUGGCCAAGCAAACAUAUACGAGUAAAAGGAGGGAUCCCUCGAAGUGGUUACCCGCCCUUCACCUUUUUGAAGUCGCUCUGAAGCUUGCUAAGACAUCAGGAGCAGAAGAGCAUGAGGUAGAAGCUGAAAUCUGUUUUCAGAAAGGCAAAAUAGAAUGUCAAAUGCUGAUGGAAGAGAAAUCUCCAAUUUUGCAACUUAAGAGUUUAUUUGAAGCUAUACAACUGAGCCUGAGACAUGAUCAAAACUCAAGGUUGAUAAGAGACGCCUACCUAGAAAUAGCCCUGCUCUUUUUACACAUGAGGAAGCCAAAGAGAAAACUUUCAGCAUCACCUGUAACCCUUAAGGCUGUUCCCAGAAGGCGUAGUUCUGUUAAAGAACCCACAGUAAACAAAUCUGAAAUGUACAGUUUAUUUGCCUGGAUUGCAAUAAGAGCUGCUAUGCAGGUCAGCGAGGCUGUGCUGGCAAUUAACCUGCUUAUUGGAAAGAAGAAUGCUAGAACUGAUAAAGUUAGCCAAGGGGCAUUACCACAUAUCCCAGAAUUUGCCACCAUGGAUCUUUUGUCUUCAUACACAGAUUAUUUGCGUGAUAACUACCAAGUCGUCUUCCAGACGGGCUAUACAGACUCUUGCCCAAGUGAUGAUACAUAUGAGAAUGCAGAUGCCGGAACAAAGCCCCCAUCUAAAGUGGAUAUUACAUGGAUUCUUCUGCUGCGCUACUAUAUUCACCUGCAAAGAAUUAAUAAUGUGAGCAAGCUGCUAGCCUCUCGGAAGCCAGGAUCCGGAAUGUCUUUGCCAGAUGACACACUUCUGACUUCUCUUUUCAACUCUGGGUUCAUGCUGCGCCAAAAAGAAAUGCAUUUUUUCCUGAAAAGAUUCUUACAGCUGUACUCUGCCUCUUGUAUUGAUGAAUUUCCAAUAGAACUACUUCAAGUCACGGAGAAUCUGUCUUUUUCAGAAAAAAUCAUAUAUGACUCAUCAAGCAAGUCACGUCAUGAAAGUUCUUUAUACUCCGAUUCAUCAUUAAAGGUUUUUACCAGCCCAUCAUACGGAGAGGUGGUAUCAUCGGUCAUGGCAACACAAGCUUUAAACAAAGAACUUUGCUUUCAGUGGUACAUUCCUCCCCUGGAAAAACCUCCAAAGGAAACAGAACCUAUGGUAUGUGUUAUUGUUUAUGCGUAUAAUAUGAAGCCCCUGAAUGUUUCAGAUGUUGCAUCUACUGCUUACAGCAGUGUAUACACUGGCUCUUUCUGGCUUCCACUGAACAGAGUUAUUUCAAUUCAUGAGAAACUAUCUAACCUUACGCAAAUUGCUGAAAUAUCAUUGCCAACACCUCCUAAAGUUGCUUCAAAUGAAAAUGUAUCCGAAGUACAAGAAACAGAAGAGAAACCAGUUGAUAAAGAAAUGGAACACAUGAUUAUUGACUGUUGCUCUGAAAUUGUGUCUUUGUUCUUCAUGGAUGGAGAGAAACCACCACUGUCUGAGGUCCCAUUUGAUAUUUCGCUGCCAUCUAUAUUCGAUCUUGAGAGACUAUUUGAUCUUGCUAAUGGCUGUAUCAUAUCAGGAGGAAGCCUUUUCGACUGGGUAGUGUCGAUUAUUCCCUGAACAUCCUUUAUAUGUUAUCCUCAUAAAGGAUUUAAUUGUUACUAUUCUUCUUGGUUUGAAAUAAAUCUUUGGAACUAUCCUCUUAUAACAAAAUAAAAUUGUUUUCCUGCACAA